AUGUCCGCAACCGAUCCCAAGAUGGGCGGCGAUGCGGAUGCCGCGGAUAAGUCGCGGCAGAAGAGCUGCAACGCCUGCGUACGGAGCAAGCGCCGCUGCGACAAGCGGACACCGCGCUGCACCCGCUGCUCAGAGAAGAACUUCGCCUGCGUCUACCAGAACCUGCCCCCGGCCGGCGGUGGUCCUGCCGAGGGUGCGGCAGCAGCAAAGGCUGCCACAGUAAGCGAUGCCCAGGAUGAUCCGCUGCAGGCCAUGGACCUCGAGGACGGUAGCAGUGACCAUCUCCCGCCGCCGCCGCAUCCUUUUGAUUUCAACACGCUCGGCGGGAGCUCUUCAUCGACAUCACCCACCUAUGUCAAUGGCACACUGGUGAUGGACGAGCCCACUGACAGCAGCGCGACGACGUCGUCGUUGAACUUGGAUCCCAACAUGCCGAAUUUCGAUUUCAACUCGGUCAUGGACUUUUUGAACGCAGACCCGGCCCAGGGCGGUGAGAUGCAGGUCUGGGAGACGCCGCAGUUCCCCCAGCUCUCCAAAAGUCUCGCGCCCGAACUGCCGUACAUGGGUUCCGUAUGUUGUGGUAUGGAGAGGGACGACAUUCUGGGAGACUUCCAGCCAUGGCAGAUCCACGAGCCCGACUCGCGCAUCGGUUACAUGGUGUCCUACCUCACAAACAUGCACACGACCUUCGCCCAGACGAAGCAGACCCCCUUCCUCCACCGGCACCUCUACCGCGGCAUUCACGCCACGCCGCGGCCCCUCCUCGCCGCCUACACGGCCAUCUCCGCCUACGCGGGCCGCACCAACGCCAACAAGGGCUGGGCCAUCCGCGCCAUCUGCGAGGGCGCCGCCGAGGUGCUCAAAUCCGCCAAGGACCCGGCCGCGAGCGCGGCGAUGACGGGGCAUGAGAAGCUCGCGCGCACGCAGGCGCUGUGGCUGCUGCAGACGAUUCGCUGUUUUGACGGGGAUGUGGCGAUGAGAGCGCAAGGGGAGAGGGAUAUGGAGGUGCUGAAGCGGUGGUUGAAGGAGUUGGAGGGGCUGAGGGACAACCUUGACGAUGUGCACCUGCUGGAUGAUCUUGCCCUCAGACAGCGGCCGCCUCGGUCGUGGGAAGUGUGGGUGUUUAAUGAGUGUGUGAGGAGGACGGUGCUGAUGGGUCAUAUCUUCACCUCGUUGUUUGAGAUUCUGAAGGCGGCUGGCGAGAGUGAACCGGACGUCACCAACUGGCUGGCACCUCACCGGUGGACCUUCUCCAGAUCAUUAUGGGAAGCCCAGUCAUCACCUGCCUUCUUCUCGUCGUGGCGGGAGAAGCCGCUGUUCAUGGUCAACAGCUUUUUUGUGCAGGAGGUUGCCAAGGUGGCGAGGCCGUUCGACGUGGACGAGUUUGCGAGGUUAUUUCUUACUGUAAACUUUGGUGUUGAGGAGACGAAGCAUUUCAUGCUGGAGGUCUGA